GUUUUGUCAACAAACAUUAUAAAAUAAUGUUUUUUAAUUAAUUUUAUCAGAAAUCUAGUUAAUGAAGGCAUUAUGGAAGACGGCAAUUCGAUUAUCUACGGUCUUGAAAACCAGACCCGAGCGCUAUCCCCCCAGUACGCAGAGAGUGACGCCGUGAGGUUCCUCAUCGGCACGCAGAGCCUGAAGCCGCAGUCCAACCAGGUGCAUGUGGUGGAGCUUGAGGAGGACACCGGCGCUUUGCACACCAGGGUAUUCAAACAUGAGAUCGGUGAGAUAUGGCACCUCCGCUGCUCGCCGCACGACGUGGCUACCCUCAUGACUACUCACAACUCCUAUGAUCCUGUCACGGUACAGUGCACCAUGGGCGUCUCUAUAUUCAAGCUUCCUACUAUUGAGGUGAUCCCGAAAGAUAUGGAUGAGCUCAGCGCAAUACAGAGUAGGAAUGCUGAGGACAUGGAGCAUCUACUUACUAUCAAACCAGAGAAGCCAGACGAAGAGCUCCGCUGCGCCGAGUGGCACCCCACCGACGCGGGGCGCGUGGCCGUGAUGACGUCAGCGGGGGCGCGCGUGUACGACGGGGGGGCGGCGGUGGCGGGCGCGGGGGAGGGGCGCCGCGGCAAGUGCGGCGGGGGGAAGUGGAGCCCGCACGCGCCUACUGGACAGUUGGCAAUAAUCCAAGACACGCACAUCCGCAGCUACGACCUGCGCUGCGCCGCGCCCGCGUGGAGCGUGGAGGCCGCGCACAAGCAGCUCGUCAGGGAUAUCGACUUUAAUCCCAACAGACAGUUCCAGCUGGCCAGCGUGGGCGACGACGGGGCGCUCAACAUCUGGGACUACCGCAGCAGCAAGGAGCCCAUCUUCACGCGGCAGGACCACUCGCAUUGGGUGUGGACGGUCCGCUACAACACAUACCACGAGCAGCUGCUGCUGACGGGUUCGUCGGACGCGCGCGCGCUGCUCACGGCCGCCGCCAGCGUCUGCGAGCGAGACGGCGGUGCUGCCCAACUAGAAGACGGCGUGCUGCAGGCGUACUCCGCGCACUCGGACUCUGUGUACUGCGCGGAGUGGAGCGCCGCCGACCCCUGGACCUUCGCCUCGCUCAGCUACGACGCGCGCCUCGUGCUGUCCACUGUGCCGAGGCACGACAAGUAUAAGAUCCUGUUGUAGUGAGAAGUGGCAGUAACUAUGGACGCUAUGGCCACACUCUAUGGAUGCUCUAUGGGCUACAGUUUUAAUUAUUGUCUAUGGACGCUAUGGCUAUACUG